AUGUCGUUAAGACAACCGAUACGAAUUCUUCGUAUUCCACCGUAUUAUGAUACUCAUCUGGAAAGAGCAAUCAGCCGAUUGAUUUCGGCUCAUGAACAUAUUGAAUAUCAAUUAUUUACGAUUGAUAAAAAGCAUCUUGCAAAAAAUGAUCUCAAUCUAUUGUUGUCGAUGAGUCGAACGAUAAUUCAGGAAGAGCAAAUCCAAAUGUUGAUCGCCGAUAGUUGCGAAAGCCAAUUGAUUGUAGCGAAAUUAGGUCAGGAAUAUCCACAAUUACGAAGUGGUGGCAUGAAUUUCUUGACUACACUUCAUUGUUUCAAUCGACUUUUGAUGAUCGAUUUAUUUGGUGAAGAUCAGUGUAUUCUAACAUUGAAUGUGGAAAUAUCACAAGACUCGAAAAAAGAUAUUUUAUGUAUCGAACAUUUCUUCGAUCGAAAGAAGAUGAAUGGUUAUGUUAAAUCAUCAUAUAGCUUGGGCAAUCGAGUGUCCAGUUUUGGUUUUGCAACAAGUGAAAGAUUAACUGCACUGUUACCUAUAUAUAUUGAAGUUUACGAAGAACAAUACAAAACAAACCUGCAAUCAUUCUUUCAAGUCUAUCUUUCACAGAAACAAUGUCUAUCGUUGUUCAAACCAAGUUAUUUGAUUCAACCUUUUUACGACCUAACGACAUAUCCUUACUGGCGAUUGGUGAUUGCUAGCGCUUGUGUAUUCGACAAGGAGAUCAUCAUGUGGCCAUUAGUCGAUGGCUAUUCGGGAUGGCCAUUUUUUGCUCAAAAACCAAUAGCAAUUAUGCCGAUCAUCAUCUGUCCAAGUCGACAUUUAUCAGUCGAACAACAAAAUAGAGUCUAUACUCGUUUUCGUGAACAUCUCGAUCAUUUAAUAUCGAAUGAACAUCUUCGGUACGGUUGGAUCGAGUCGUCAUAUUUUGUAUCGACUACGGACGAGAUUCGUUUGAUUUCAAUGAAACCUACAUACUCAGCGUAUUUAACAGAGGCAUUCAGUUUGACAAAUGAACAUGGAAAUCCAAUUUCAGUUAUGAUUCAACUAGUAAAUCGGCAACGACCUUUAAAACCUAUUCUGAAUGGUAAAACCGUUUAUAUUCAUCGAUUAUGGGCGAUUAUUACACAGAACAACCAUGUCAUCGAUAAUUUUAUUAAUAUGUCGGAAAUCAAACGGAUUCAUCGUUCAAAUUUUAGUUUGGAUCAAUAUGUUCAACUAGGUUUUCAAGCAAACGAGCUCAUCCCCAUUUCUAACCAACAAACAUACACUGAAAUUGGUUUCAUUCAAGUCAAUGGUAAAUAUCACGAAUUAGGUUUAACAAAUCUGAUAGAAUUUCGUUCGUUAUUGCUCAAAACACCUCAAUUGAUUCCAUUCAGCCAUCAAUCGAUGUUAGUCAAUGAUCCGUUUGAAUUCGAUCCAGUAACAUGUUUACCGUCGAGUGCAUUACUUUCACGUCUAGAUGAACAACGAAAAGAGGAACGUAGAGAUUUGAUUUAG